AUGAUCCACCGCGAAGUAGCCGAUGGUCUAGAGCGUCUUUGGAACGUAAGAGUAAACUGCAUAUGGGAAGCCGAUGAAAGUAGUCGCCAUGGAGAGGUUUAUAUAUUCGACCAUGUAUUUAAGCAGGAAUGUACAAAUUCAGAUGUAUAUGGAUCUGUAGUAAAACCUUUAGUCGAUUCCUUCAUGGAAGGUUUCAAUGCCACAAUAUUUGCAUAUGGCCAAACAUCUUCUGGCAAAACACACACCAUUUUGGGCAAUAAAACAGAUCCUGGGCUUUUCCAAUUAGUAUCCAAUCAGUUAUUCCAGCAUGUGGCAGACCAGGUUGAUAAGAGGUACUUGAUUAGAUGCAGUUAUAUUGAAAUCUACAAUGAAAAGAUCAAUGACCUCCUGGAUAAGAGCAAUCAGGAAGAUAUCAAAGGAAAUGUGCUGCUUGAUGCAAGGGAAGCUGUCGUAGACAAUGUUGAUAAAGUUAUGGAGAACAUGAUGCAGGGCAAUAAGAUCAGACGAGUUGCAGCUACUCGCAUGAAUGAGAGGUCAUCUCGAUCACACACGAUUUUCCGGAUUAUUCUGGAGUCGAAAGAUGCCAAUCAGAAAGAUGGACCUGUACAUAUAAGCUACCUUAACUUAAUGGACUUAGCUGGUUCUGAGAGAGUUUCUCUGACGAAAGCUGCUGGUGAGCGUCUUAAAGAGGGGGCUAACAUAAACAAAUCUUUGUCAGUAUUAGGAAAUGUGAUAAGGCAACUAAGCGAGGGGAAGGAGUUUAUCAGUUAUCGCGAUUCGAAAUUGACUAGACUGCUCUCACAGGCUCUUGGCGAGCGUCUUUGGAACGUAAGAGUAAACUGCAUAUGGGAAGCCGAUGAAAGUAGUCGCCAUGGAGAGGUUUAUAUAUUCGACCAUGUAUUUAAUCAGGAAUGUACAAAUUCAGAUGUAUAUGGAUCUGUAGUAAAACCUUUAGUCGAUUCCUUCAUGGAAGGUUUCAAUGCCACAAUAUUUGCAUAUGGCCAAACAUCUUCUGGCAAAACACACACCAUUUUGGGCAAUAAAACAGAUCCUGGGCUUUUCCAAUUAGUAUCCAAUCAGUUAUUCCAGCAUGUGGCAGACCAGGUUGAUAAGAGGUACUUGAUUAGAUGCAGUUAUAUUGAAAUCUACAAUGAAAAGAUCAAUGACCUCCUGGAUAAGAGCAAUCAGGGUUUAACUAUGAGAAGAUAUCAAAGGAAAUGUGCUGCAAUGGAAGCUGUCGUAGACAAUGUUGAUAAAGUUAUGGAGAACAUGAUGCAGGGCAAUAAGAUCAGACGAGUUGCAGCUACUCGCAUGAAUGAGAGGUCAUCUCGAUCACACACGAUUUUCCGGAUUAUUCUGGAGUCGAAAGAUGCCAAUCAGAAAGAUGGACCUGUACAUAUAAGCUACCUUAACUUAAUGGACUUAGCUGGUUCUGAGAGAGUUUCUCUGACGAAAGCUGCUGGUGAGCGUCUUAAAGAGGGGGCUAACAUAAACAAAUCUUUGUCAGUAUUAGGAAAUGUGAUAAGGCAACUAAGCGAGGGGAAGGAGUUUAUCAGUUAUCGCGAUUCGAAAUUGACUAGACUGCUCUCACAGGCUCUUGGCGGUAAUGCCAAAUCAUUGAUUAUCGGGAAUAUCAGACCAAUGAUCCACCGCGAAGUAGCCGAUGGUCUAGAGCGUCUUUGGAACGUAAGAGUAAACUGCAUAUGGGAAGCCGAUGAAAGUAGUCGCCAUGGAGAGGUUUAUAUAUUCGACCAUGUAUUUAAUCAGGAAUGUACAAAUUCAGAUGUAUAUGGAUCUGUAGUAAAACCUUUAGUCGAUUCCUUCAUGGAAGGUUUCAAUGCCACAAUAUUUGCAUAUGGCCAAACAUCUUCUGGCAAAACACACACCAUUUUGGGCAAUAAAACAGAUCCUGGGCUUUUCCAAUUAGUAUCCAAUCAGUUAUUCCAGCAUGUGGCAGACCAGGUUGAUAAGAGGUACUUGAUUAGAUGCAGUUAUAUUGAAAUCUACAAUGAAAAGAUCAAUGACCUCCUGGAUAAGAGCAAUCAGGGUUUAACUAUGAGAAGAUAUCAAAGGAAAUGUGCUGCUUGA